AUGUUUGGUGUACACAGAACACAGUUUUGAAAGUGGCAGCGGUGGCAGGCAGCAGGGCAGAGUUGAUUCUGCUACAUUGUUGGUUUGCUACUGCCCUACUGUGGGCACUGGAAUCUGGAUAUCAGUGCAUGGGUGCAUCAGUCAGACACUUGACAGUCUCUUUGAACACAGGUCAUUGAUUCGUAUCAAUAUCACGUCAGUGAUCACAGAAGGGAUCAAACUGUAUACUGCGAAAAUAGUUUUUUAAAACAGGUGGCUGUAGCGAUAGCAAAAGAAUGACGACGGACUCGAGAACGAAGUCGUACUAUUACGUGGCACGAUUAGCAAUCUUCUUGUUCAUAGCAAGUGCGGUAAAUGGAGAUGUCUGUCAGACUUAUGCUGGGGGUGCUGUCUAUCCAAGAGAAACAGGAAAAAGCAGUGGCCAUUCGUUGCAAUGGACAAAAGCCAUGAUUUCAAAGCAAGCUCCUCUAUGGGAGGGUACAGCGGUGGUUAAUGGCUCAUUUAAGGACCUUAAAUUGACUGAUUACAAAGGCAAAUACUUGGUCUUCUUCUUCUAUCCCCUGGACUUUACUUUUGUCUGUCCCACAGAAAUUUUGGCAUUCAAUGAUAGAAUUCAAGAAUUUCGCGCGCUUAACACUGAACUUGUGGCUUGUUCAGUGGACUCACAUUUCACUCACUUGGCUUGGGUUAACACUCCUCGAAAGGAAGGUGGACUCGGUCCUCUAAACAUUCCGUUGCUCUCAGAUUUAUCACACAAGAUUUCCACCGACUAUGGUGUCUAUUUGGAAGAUGUUGGACAUACACUUAGAGGUUUAUUCAUUAUCGAUGAUAAGCAAGUUUUGAGGCAAAUCACAAUGAAUGACUUGCCUGUUGGUAGGUCUGUUGAUGAAACCUUGAGGCUUGUUCAAGCCUUUCAAUAUACCGAUAAUCACGGAGAAGUUUGUCCUGCUGGAUGGAAACCCGGAGCCGACACGAUUAUUCCCCAUCCGAUCGAGAAAAAACUAUACUUCGAGAAACAAAAGGAUGAAAUUUGAAUUAUUAAUUCACAAAAAAGAUUCAAUUUUGAAUUGAUUGUUGGUUAUUGGGUUCAAGUUAAAUAAAUUGGAUCAACAAUA